GCCUGCCCGCGCGCCGUGCCCAGGAGCCACACGCGCAGCCCGCGUACAGCUCUCCACAAACAACCUCCCGGUUGUCGGGCAGCCUUUGUCAGGCGCGCUUGUGGAAAUAACGCUUGUGCCCCACAACCGAGCUAAACCCUGAACACAAUGGCGGCCGUCGCGCGCGACAUCCUCGCCUACCAAUGCACGACCUACGACGCGCGCGCCCAGCUCGCGCGCGAAAUCCGCCUCAAUUCCUUCGCCGACGGCACGAUCGAGCUCCUGAACAAGGAUAGAACGAAGACGAUCAUGAAGCGGAUCUGGUGCCCCGACGUGCCUCGAUCUCGGCUCUUCCCCGGCUCCACCGUCGACGUCUUCGGCAAGGCCUUGGAAGUGGUCUGCGCGGCGGACGUCGGCACGCGCGACUGGGCCGCCGCGAACACGUCGUCCUCGGCGUGCUGCUGCGUGCUGCCCGACGAAAGCGGCCUGCCGGCGCUCAUUUCGGCCCUGGAGAAGCGCUUCACGGCCCUGAGAGGCAUCCGAACCAUUGCUUCCAGGAACGCGCCGUCCGAAUUGUUCGGGACGAUCGAGGACGGGGGCGUCGCGGUCGUCGCCGACAUCUACUUAGUCGGCGAGGGCAGCGCGGCGGCGGCCGCGGCCCUGGCGAGCUGCGUCAGUGCGGCGGGCGCGCGGCCGACGGCCGUCGACGUCGACGCCAAGGCGCUCUCCGAGCUGCCGAACUCCGCCUCCGCCGCGUUAGACAAUAACGAGGUCUGCUCGCUGAUGCUCAUCAAACCCCACAUUGGCGUCGACAAAAGAUUUGGCGAGGUGCUCCAGGCCACGAUGGACGCGGGCUUCGGCGUCGCCGGCCUGCAACUCGUGACGCUCGACGGCAAAAUUUGCCAGGAAUUCUUCGCGCCGUACUCGGGCGUCUGGAACCGCCAGGAGGACAUCGCCCAACACUGUAAAGAGGGCCCGACCCUCGCGGUGCAGGUGCGGGCGGCGCCCGGCGACUUCAGGGACUUUUGCGGGCCGACGGACGUGCUCCUCGCGCGGACGGUGCGGCCCAAGUCGCUCCGGGCCACCUACGGCGAGGGCGCCGUGAAGAACGCCGUGCACUGCACGGAUCUGGACGACGACGGCCGGCUCGAGUGCAACUACUUCUUCAACGUCCUGCAGGGACUCUGUUAGGGGGUUUCCGUGCGUAAUCCACGUAUCUCUAGCG